CUUAAUCCUCUUUUCCCUUGUGGUAUCUAUGUAAAAAAAUGCCCCUUUGAAGCUAUAUCUAUUAUAAAUCUGCCCAGCAACCUAGAAAAGGACACCACACAUCGGUACAAUCAGAACUCAUUUAAGCUUCACAGGCUUCCUACACCUCGACCAGGUGAAGUCCUGGGUUUGGUUGGGACCAACGGCAUUGGAAAAUCUACUGCUCUGAAAAUUUUGGCCGGAAAGCUAAAACCUAACUUGGGUCGAUUUAAUGCUCCUCCUGAUUGGACAGAAAUUUUGACAUACUUCCGAGGCUCAGAACUACAGAAUUACUUUACAAAGAUUCUGGAAGAUGAUCUCAAAGCUAUCAUCAAACCUCAGUAUGUGGACCAAAUCCCUAAAGCUGUAAAGGGCUCUGUGCAACAACUACUUGACAAAAAGGAUGAACUGAGAAAUCAAGAUACUGUCUGUGAAAUGUUAGACCUGAAAAAUGUGCGAGAUAGGAACGUUGAAAACUUGUCUGGAGGAGAGUUGCAGCGAUUUGCUUGUGCCAUGGUGUGUAUCCAGAAGGCAGACAUUUUCAUGUUUGAUGAACCCUCCAGUUAUUUGGAUGUCAAGCAAAGGCUGAAAGCUGCCCAGGCAAUUCGUCAUCUAAUUCACCCUGACAAGUACAUCAUUGUUGUGGAGCAUGACUUGUCUGUGUUAGAUUACUUGUCUGAUUUCAUCUGCUGUCUCUAUGGAGUUCCUGGAGCUUAUGGUGUAGUUACAUUACCUUUCUCUGUUCGUGAAGGGAUCAACAUAUUUCUGGAUGGAUUUGUUCCAACAGAAAAUCUGAGAUUUCGAGAAACCUCCUUGAUUUUCAAAGUAGCAGAAACAGCUACAGAAGAAGAAAUUAAGAGAAUGUGUCGUUAUGAAUACCCAACAAUGAAGAAAAAGAUGGGUAAUUUUUCUUUAUCAGUUGAACCUGGUACUUUUACCGAUUCUGAAAUUGUUGUGAUGCUCGGAGAAAACGGCACGGGGAAGACCACUUUUAUCCAGUUGCUAGCUGGUAGAUUGAAGCCUGAAGGAGGAUGUGAGAUUCCUUCCAUGCUCAUCAGCUACAAGCCACAAAAAAUUUCACCCAAAUCUCAAGGAACGGUGAGACAGUUACUUCAUGAAAAAAUUAGGGAUGCGUACGUUCACCCCCAGUUUGUGGCUGACGUCAUGAAACCUCUCCAGAUUGAUAAUAUUAUUGACCAAGAGGUACAAAACUUGUCUGGAGGAGAACUUCAAAGAGUGGCAUUAGUACUCUGCCUUGGUAAGCCAGCCGAUGUUUAUUUAAUUGAUGAACCAUCAGCUUACCUUGAUUCUGAGCAGCGUUUGGUCGCUGCCAAGGUCAUUAAACGAUUCAUUCUUCAUUCAAAGAAGACUGGAUUUGUUGUGGAGCACGAUUUCAUCAUGGCCACCUAUCUAUCUGACCGAGUAAUUGUUUUUGAAGGACAGCCUUCUGUUAAAGCCGUAGCUAGUAGCCCUCAAACAUUGCUGGCAGGGAUGAACAGGUUUUUGGAACUCCUUAAUAUCACUUUUCGUCGAGAUCCAAACAACUUCAGACCUCGUAUCAACAAAUUGAAUUCAGUGAAGGAUACGGAGCAGAAAAAAUCUGGAAAUUUCUUCUUCCUCGAUGACUGAGAGUGGCCUUUCUCAGCCUCGUUGACCUAAAGCCAGAGUCAGGGCCCUCGAGCCUGGAGAACAUGCUUAUGACAUCUUGACUGGAGUUCUCAGGUCGUGCAAGUUGAAGAACCUUCAUAAAGUUUUCUACUCAUGUUCUGUGCCUGAAAAUAACCAGAUUGAACUUCUAUCCUCCUCCCCUGGGAAGCUUUAAUAUUACAUGUUAUAUGGAAAUAAAACCGUAAAAAAUGUGUAUCUGUU